AUGCCGGAAUACCUGAAAUGGUACUACUACUGCCCGGCGUCGCAAAUGGGCGACUUUGGCUACACCACAAUCAAGUACUUAAAAACAGAGGAAAUCUCCAUUUCCUGUAAUGAGUUUAUUGACUUGACGCCUUUCAGUGGUGCCUCCUUUACAAAUGAAACAGUCAACACCAAUUCAAGUCCACAAUGUGUGCCUCAAAAUCUCCCUUGUGAAAGCUCAUCUAGUGAUUACAGUUUGUACUUUUCAAAGAAACAAAACAGUAUUGCCCAACACACUUUUAGAAAAAAUGCCUACAGCAUCGCCGUCCCCGAAGACAAUGUCUAUCUAUUUCUUUUGUUCGUUCGAUCUCAAGACAAUCGUCGAUUCAACCUGACAGUGGACAUCAACUUUCAGUCACCCUCUGGCCACUACCUCUCUGCGGUCGACUAUCCAUUGCUGACCUUUUACGCAUUGAUGUCCUGCUUGUACUUUUUCUAUGCACUCGCCUGGUUCGUCGUGUCGUUGGUGCAGUGGAAAGAGCUGCUGAGAAUUCAGUUCUGCAUUGCCAUUGUCAUUCUCUUGGGAAUGCUGGAGAAGGCCAUAUUCUAUGGUGUCUACCAAUCAUUGAACUCAAGUGGCAUCUUGGAGCGAAAUACUUUCUACCUGGCAGAACUGUUCUCCUGCUUGAAGAGGACAUUGGCUCGAGUGCUGGUGAUCAUAGUUUCAUGUGGAUUCGAAAUUAUCAAACCUCAUUUGGGACACACACUCAACAAAAUCGUUUCUGUAGGAUGUCUCUACUUUAUCCUCGGAACUUUAGAGGCAACGCUUCGUAUUUACAAGCCUAAAAACGACCCUUCUAAUCAGACGUUAAUUGCCGGCAUCCCGUUGGCGCUGCUAGACAGUACAAUUUGCUGGUGGAUUUUCAGCAACUUGGUGCAAACGACGAAAAUUCUUCGCUUGCGCCGAAAUCUAAUCAAACUCGAGCUUUUCAACCACUUUACAAAUGUUCUGGUCUUUGCUGUUCUUGCAUCCAUUGCCUUUAUGAUUUGGCAGAUUCGCAUUCACAAGUUCACCUACUGUCUAACUGACUGGAAGUCAGUUUGGUUUGAUGAAGCGUACUGGCAUAUUCUGUUCUCUAUCAUUUUGCUGGCAAUCAUGAUUCUCUGGCGGCCAACGAACAACAAUCAAAGGUACGCCUUCACGCCACUACUCGAUGUGAGCGACGACGAGGAGGACGUGGAAAAGGACAAAGACGUUCACCGACUGAUUGAAGGCACUGAAGUGAAGAGUCGCACGGCUAAUCAGGCACGGCGCAAUUCAGCUAGUGACACUGAGCCGGAGAUUCUCAGCAAGGAAACGGUGGAUAAUCUAAAAUGGAUUGAGGAAAACAUUACUACGUCACUGGUUGAUUCUUCUCUGCCAAACCUUAUUGACUCUGAUGACGAGCUGCUAAACACUCGAUUCGAGAUGAGCAAGAUGCAAUAG